AUGGUGCAAGAAGAUGGAGGGAGAAUAAGGAAAAUAUUUUUCAUCCCUCUUGCACGUCCUUCGGAGAAGAUGGGAAUACAAGAUGACGAAGUAGGAGAGGUUUUGAAACUGCGAGGACAAAAACUCGAGGUCCGGAUAAUGAACAUCGCAGAAGAAGAGGAAGCUGAUGAGUUUAUAAUUGGACUUUCAAAGUCUUCUGAUGGAGAGGAAACGAUACAGUCAAACAUAGUUCGUUCUGUUGCUGGAAGGCUUGCUAUUCGAGCUGCUGAGUGGGGUUGGAGAGUAUAUCUACACGAUGAAUAUGGGACGACAAAUGCCGCCAUAGAUCGAAUGAUCAACAUGGGCGUGAAUAGGUCUCAGCAGAAGAAACAAGAUGCCUAUGCUGUCGUGAUAAGUGUAUUUGUGAUAUCAUGUUUUUAGGGAAAUUAACAUUUUUGGAAAAAAUAAAAAAUAAUGAGGAAGGGAGAAAUUAUAAUUGAUUAAAAUGACGUUGAUUUCCAUUUUACAAUGGUUUCUAAGGAGAUUUGAAUUUUGUUCCUUGAGGUUACGAGAUCAAACUCUUAGCACUGAGUUGACAUCUCAUGGAUGAAAAUAUAUUUCAUUUAUUAAAAAUAAAAGAAUGUUUUAAGAAUAUAUAUUUUCAUGUUUUUCCUGUUUUGAAGUGCCAAUGAGAAGAGAAGACAAUUAUGGAAUGAUCGUCAUUUUUUUUUGUCUAGAUGUUACUUGAGAGAUAUUUCUCCACAUCAGGUCAGAAAGCUGAACUUGUUGUGCCCAAGAAUCUUGAACUACAAGGAAAACUUAGAAGUGGUCCUCCUAGAGAUGAUGAUUAUUUCUCAGACGAAGAUUAAUCACAUAAUAAAGGAGCUUGUACCAUUCCAUCAUUCGUGUUUUCUAAUUUCAAGUAUGUGUGAGGAAGUUGCAAGAAAAUGGAGGCAUUCCAACAAUUGUUAAUCAACACAAUGAUUUGGUGUGUUUAUAUUUCCAUUACAAAGCUUCAAAUUUAAGGAAGUAUGGGAAAAAAUGUCAAAAUGUGUUAGUUACCGUUUAUUUUGAUGUAAUAGUAAAAAUGGUAGAUAUUGCUAGGGUUGGUUAUUGCAAAAUCAACAUCAGAAUUUGUUUUAAGUUGAAGUUCUUUGUGAGUAAUGCUAGUAUUCAAGGGUCAAUCAGCACAGUCCUACAAGGAGGGUCUUUUGUUGACAAAAUCAAUGGACGUUUUGUGACUGCAAUGAUAAAUGGGUGUAUUUAAUUAGUUUAAUUGAGUAACUUUCAAUGUACAAAAUUUCUGAAUGUUUUUUCUUGCA